GUUAAAUAAUUUAUCGAGACAUCCAUAUUGGUGUGAAUAUUGACACGGGAGGAUGGCCAAACAAACACAUCUCCCUGAAGCUGAUCUCCAUAGACAGCGGACACGGAGAUGAUCCCAUUAGCGCUGGCUGCAGCGGCACAUGCUCAGUUAUGCUUGUUGAAGGGGAUCUCAGUAGGCUGUGCGUGAACACUGAGGUCAUCGCCUGCGCUGAGGAAAAGAUACUCCGCGCAGCCUCCAUUUUGAGUAGUAUGAAAUAGAGGAAAGCAUAGUUUUGAGCCGCCGCAGCAAACAAACUGUAAGCUCUAGCGAAACAGCCUCUGCCAUGGACGACCUGUUCAGUCCGCGAAGGCAGCUGAACAGCACACAAGGAGAGAUUCGAGUGGGACCAAGUCAUCAGGCCAAGCUACCUGAAUUACAGCCGCCACCUGCUCAUGGAACAGAGUCCGUCACAGAAAAUGAGGAGCUGGUGUGGGCACCUGGGGUCAAUGACUGUGACCUUCUCAUGUACCUACGGGCUGCCAGGAGCAUGGCAGCUUUUGCAGGGAUGUGUGAUGGAGGUUCAACAGAGGAUGGUUGUCUUGCGGCUUCCCGGGAUGAUACCACAUUAAAUGCUUUAAAUACACUCCAUGAAAGCCAGUACGUUGCAGCCAAAGCCCUGCAGUGUCUGGUGAAGAAACCAGUUCCAAAACUCAUUGAGAAGUGCUGGUCAGAAGAUGAAGUGAAACGGUUUAUCAAAGGUCUCAGACAGUAUGGCAAAAACUUUUUUAAGAUCCGUAAGGAGUUACUUCCCAGUAAGAAAACGGGUGAGCUAAUCACAUUCUACUACUACUGGAAGAAAUCUCCUGAAGCCGUGGCGUCACGACCUCAUCGGCAGCAGAGAAGGCAGCCGGUGUCUCGCAAAGUGAAAACUCGCAACGCGACAGCUGCAGCCAAUGCAACAUCUCGCACUUCCAUGGAACUUAGUUCAGCAAGUGAAGAUGAUCUGGACAGUGAGGAUAGUGAGCAGGGUGGCAAAGGUCAAGCCUGCAGUCACUGUCUGACCACUGACUCCAAAGACUGGCAUCAUGGAGGGAGAGACAAUAUCUUGCUUUGCUCUAGUUGCCACUCUCACUUCAGCAAGCAUCGGCGCCUGCCACCUGUUCCCAAACCAGCAGAUCCGCCCUACCUCUUCAAACCUGUCAAAGAAGAGGAAGAGGGAGUCAGACAUGGGAUGAAGACCCGUCGGAGCCGGGUGCCACCACAUAUGUCAUCACUUCGAAGUGGGCGCAACAGACCAACCGGAAGUCCCGACAGGGGCAUGUCUCCCACCCUCGAGGAUGUGCGAUCUAAUGGACAGUCCCCCAGAGCAAGUUCCACUGCUAUCGCAACCAGGGCUUCCAGCACUGAUAUCAAGAAUGGAGUGGCUGGGAAGACCAACAAGAAGAUAAAAGUAGAGGCAUCUAUAGUAAAGGGUGUGAAAAGACAGAGAGAGUCGGCAGCUCCAGAUGCUGAUGAGCCUGAAAGGAAAAACAUGAAACGACCUAAGAAUCAGGAGGGUCCUGAUUCUCCAUCAGAAGGUGAGGGUGAAGGCGAGAGCUCCGAUAGCCGCAGCGCCAAUGAUGAUGGCAGCAGUGACACUAAAGACAUUGAUCAGGACAACCGCAGUUCCUCCCCCAGCCUGGCCAGUCCCCUGCAGGCCAACGAAAGCGACUCGGACUCCCCAGCACCGCCCCCUGCACCAGGCCCAACCCCACAAUCCCAGCCCCAGCAGCCUGCUGCAACCCCAACAACACAUGCCCCAUCUGAAACACCACCAUCUCCUCAGCCCUCUCUGCCUGUAUCCUCAUCCGCACCUUCACCUGGAGCUUCUACCACCACCUCGAAGGCACCAUCCGUAGAGGUUUCCCAGGAGGUUCCAUCUCCAAACGCUUACAGAAGUGGUCCCAGGGGACCUGAAACUCCCACCGCUUAUUCAAACUCCUCGUCUCAGCAGGUGCAGUGUCCAGGGCAGGGGCAGUCGUUCCCUGUGCCGCCCCAUUAUCAGCAUAAUCCAGGUCAGCUGCAGAAUCCUUCAUCUGGGGCAAAUCAGCCACCAGGGUUUGCAUCCAGACCGCUGCACCUUCAAAGAGAGAGCCCUCUUCCUCCUCUUCCCCCUACAGCAGCAUCCCAAAUCAAGCCCCCUCCGACCACUCCAAUUCCACCUUCUCACAAGCAGCCCCCUCACCUUUCUGCACCUUCACCCCAUUUCCUGCAGAUCCACCCCAAUCUUCCUCCACCUCCUGCUCUAAAACCACUUGCUUCCCUGCCCUCACAACACUUGCCUUGUUCCCAGCCUCCUCCAUUGCAUAUAAUUCCACAAAAUCACCCCGCUCAACCUUCUGUUCUGACUCAGUCGCAGAGCCAGCAGGUCAAAGGUCAUACUAGUGGUGCCCCUCCAGCUUCAGCUAGUUCUCACCCAUUGCUUCCCCAAAAUCGUCCUGCAACUGAGUCCACUGCUUCAUUCCCUCUGUAUGCUUCUCCCAUCCCUGCCCAUCAGCCCUCCACAUCCUCCUCAGCAAGCACUCCUGUUGGACAGGCUCAUAUCAAAGAGGAGCCAAUUGAUGAGGAGGAAGAGUGCGAUAGCCCGCCUCCCCCUCGCAGAAGUCCCUCUCCAGUACCGACAGUGGUUGGCAUACCCAGUCACGCAAGUCAGUCAGCAAGAUUCAUCAAACACCUCAGCCGAGGUUACAACUCCUGCUCUCGCACAGACCUGUACUUUACCCCAUUGGCCUCUUCAAAACUGGCCAAAAAACGAGAGGAAGCUGCUGAAAAAUCCAGAAGAGAAGCAGAGCUGAGCGCUCGACAGGGACGAGAGAGAGAAAGAGAACGAGAGCAUGAGAGGGAGAGAGAAAGAGAGCGGGAGCGAGAAAAGGAGAGAGACUCUGAUAAAGCCUCUCGUGCUUCAAGCUCAUCCCAUGAUGGCCGAAUAGGUGACCACCUGCUUGCUGCCCAUGUGCAACCAGGCCGUCCGUCAUUCGAACCUCCUCCCCCCACCACCGUGGCUGCAGUUCCACCAUAUCUCGGCCCUGACACUCCAGCCCUCCGCACACUCAGCGAGUACGCCCGCCCCCACGUCAUGUCGCCCACCAACCGCAACCAUCCUUUCUUCAUGCCAAUUGGGCCGGGUGAGCACCUGCUAGCUUAUCACAUGCCAGGGCUGUACGCAGCAGACCCAGCCCUUCGAGAGCGAGAGCUUCGUGAACUUCGAGAGAGAGAGAUCCGAGAAAGAAUGAAGCCUGGAUUUGAGGUGAAACCACCGGAGUUGGAGAACCUACUUCAUCCAUCGGCAAAUCCCAUGGAGCAUUUCGCCCGCCAUGGAGCCCUGGCUCUGCCUCAUGUGGCUGGGCCUCACCCCUACGCCCAGUUUCACCCAGCCAUGGAGCGCAGCAUAGUGGCACCCCCUCGGCCGGAAAUCAGCUACGCUGAGCGUUUGACAGCUGAACGACUCCAUGCUGAAAGGAUGGCCUCUGUUGCUGCUGGUGACCCUGUUGCACGGCUACAGAUGCUCAAUGUUACACCACACCACCACCAACACUCACAUAUACACUCCCAUCUUCAUCUGCACCAACAGGACCCUCUCAAUCAAGGCCAAGGGCCUCAUCCUCUGGUGGACCCAUUGGCUGCUGGCCCCCCUCUGGCACGAUUCCCCUACCCACCUGGUGCCAUCUCCAACCCCCUACUCAGUGAGUUACCCCAUGAGCAUGAAAUGCUCCGCCACCCUCUGUUUGGAGCACCAUUCCCCAGAGAGUUACCAGGACCCCUGGCUCCUAUGUCGGCUGCGCAUCAGUUGCAGGCGAUGCAGGCACAGUCAGCAGAACUGCAGAGGCUGGCACUGGAGCAGCAGUGGCUACAUGGACAUGCACACUUACAUAGUGCUCCUCUCCCAAGCCAAGAAGACUACUACAGCCGUCUGAAGAAAGAGGGAGACAAGCAGUCCUGAAAUGAACAAAUCCUCCACUGUGGAUUACAGAGUGAUUCUGUGUUCAGGGUAUCAGACCUUAUAUUUCAGAAAACCCAGCGUGGGUUUAUCCCUGUUUUAUAAACGUUUGACCGACUCCUUUGUGCUGUAUGAAAUAACUAGCCUUUUGGAGCACACUGAAUUUUCUUUCCUUGCAUGAACACUAUUUAGAAAUUUCUGUAAUUUAGAAGUUUCUGUAAGAAAUUAAAUUCCCAUGUAAUGUCAUUAUUGUGCUAAAAGCACAAUAUUGUAGAUUUACUAAGUAUUUGAAAAGUGCUGUCCAAUAUCCAGAGUUUAUCACAAUUUAGUUUCAAAGUUUAUUGAAACACUCGUUUUAAGAUUGUAAAUAUAUGUUUAAAAUAAUAUAUUAACUUGAAAUUUAAAAGUUGCAAUGAUAGAUUUGGAUACAAAAACUUCAUAUGACUUGUGUGCAAGAAGUGCAUGCUUUACAUACUCUGUCCUUCCCUUUCUCUGACAGCCUCUUCAUCUUUACCUCAGAGUGCUCAUCAAUAUACAGUAAAACCCACAUGUAAACUCCACAAUACCUUAUUCUUUCAGCAGUUUAGCUUUUUUAAUUUAAUAAUGUAGACCAAAUGCAGGCUGGGUAUUAGUAUGAUGACUGUAGUGUUGUCUAGCUCUGCAGAACAGUUGCUUCACUGCCUUGGUCAUACGAUGCUGUGGAAGACUGAUCAGGCCGACAGUCACCUGCUUGCAGUGUUUACUGCCAUGCUUAAGGACACAAUUUGAUAGAGCAGGUCAGUUCCUGGGUCAACCCUACUUGGCAUAGAAGUUUAGGAAGUUCAUUUAUAAAGAGGUACCUGCACUUAGCAAUAAAAUGCUCAUGGCAUAUCUGAUGGUAUCUUCACUACCAGCUUCAAUCCUAGCAUGUGCACUUGGCCAAUUAAACAACUGGGCUACUGCUGAGUAAGUUACAUUUUUUAUAGUCAUGCUGGUUGGGAAAGAGCACAGCAUUCUCACAAUAAGAUGAAAUUCAUUAUAAAGUCAAUAGAGAGAGAAAGAGUAAUUUUGUGACGCUUUAAUGCAAUACAGGUGUAUUGUUGUGCACUACUAUUAAUUGUUAAAACAACAAUAGAAAACAUGAAAUGGAGUGCCAUUGUUUUGUAUGUGUUGAAGCAGACAGUUAAAGAGUGUUAUCUGUUAAUGAUGUUAUUGUGGAACUUUGAUGCGUCACUUUUUUCCAAAACUGCCAAAAAGUCAUUAUUUUGUUCGAGUUAACGCUAAACAUUUGUAGUAGCAUUUUACAAAGUAUAUGGAUAUUUUUCUCAUAUUUGGAUAUAAUUUCUCAUUUUAGUAUCCAUGUCUUUAUGCAUACUUGUCUUCACAUGCACAGUAUUGUCUGGUUGCAAUUACCUUACAGUUGGAAUUUUUUUCAAAACUUUCAUUUCAAUGAUAAAUGCAUGCUUAUUACAAAUGGCUUGAAUCAUUUUUACUCAUCCAUUAACACGAACUCGGAUCUUUUCAUUUUUUUCAUCAGUACAUUUUCUUUUAGUAAUAUAUUAAUUAGUUUUUUGUAAGCAUAAUUUUUGAGGCUGUUUUAUAUACAUUUAUCACACUGACAUCAGUCUUUGCUUAUGUGUGAUAAAAAUAUUUGACAUUCAGCAGCAGUCAUAUUUUUCUGGCACUUUCUGAUACCUCCUUAACUUCCAACUAUAUUUUAUGUGCAAAUUUAUAUUCUUCAUGAAAUGUGCUCAAAUCGGUUUCUUCACUGAAAAACUCUAUUAACUUUUUUUUAAGCUUUGGCCGCAUUAUUUUUUUCUCAUUUAAUAGAUACAUCUAGAGUGAUCAUCAUUGAAAAUGUUUUUUAUAUGUACACUGCAAAAUAGUUUACUUGUGAAUUACAUAAAUAUGUAUAGAACAGCUUGAGUCCUGAAUAUAACUGACGCAAAACUUACCAGUUGUCAUUUCUGGUCCAUAUCAACAUAAUAUCUAAAGCAAUAUAUGUCUUCUAACUGAACAAGUGUUUGUACGGGAAAAAAACUAAUGUUUCCUCCUUUUGCUUUGUAUGCUUUUCUUUAACAGAAUUGUCCUUUGAUAAGUUAUUUAUUGAUUGAACACCUAUUUUGUAACAUGAAUAUAUUAAACAUGAAAAUAUUAGACUGUUAGUAAAUAUGGAAUACAAUCUAAUAUGUGUAUUUACUAAAGUGUUUGUUGUGAAUUUGUGCAAAAUUAACGCUUUCCUGUACACUGGCCCCUUAAGCGCUAAUACUAGAUUUUUAUGGUUCAUCCUUCUUUUACGUAUCGCCGCAAGUACUGGAUGGCAGAUAUCGCGCUCACGUUUGCCAGAAUAGCUGAGAAAUAAUAGAGGGAAAAAGGAUCAUGUUAAUUUUGUGUGCUCAUAUUAUCUGAAUAAAUUGCCUAAUUUAA